UAAAUUAAACUCAAAACGAAUCAGGUAUCUUUACAGUGUCAUUAUAGAUGAUUUGACUAGAGAUCAUGUUUUGAUUGCGUGACGGAUUCUUAGUUUAGAAUAUUUUUGAGUGAAAACAAUAAGUAUGAGUGGUGAUGUGUGAACAAUAGGCUGUUCAUGAUUUAUCAUAUUUAUGAUAACUUUUUUUGACUCGUGAACGGUACGGGGUGCCACGCGUAUUUCUUUCAGACUAUUUGCAAUAGUGAAACUAGAACAAGUUAGUCGUGCGCCUUAGCUCGGGCAUUUCCUACUGUUAUUAUACAGCGCUAUAGGUCCGCGUUGGCAUGUAUAGGAAAACGCUGCUUCGGAUCUAAAAGCAGAGCAGAGUAACACAAAUAGGCUACUUCACUUUUUUGCCUCUCACUUAUCAGCGAAGGGAAUUGCCUGGGAGUGUAGAAUCUGUGUUGUUUGGCUCCCCCCGUGAGGAGUUGAAGCCGUCCUCGUGCAUACUCUGCAUAUCACAGGAUUUGGUCUCUCCUCUCUUUCUGUAGCUGCUGUAGGACUGGCUAUGGCCACCGCUACUUCCGGGUUCCGUCAUUUCAUUCUCCCGCCGAUCAGCGCAGCAAACUGACUCUGUUCUAUAAGCAAGCUAGCAGCCAACCUGCCAACACUCGCUGACACUCACUCAUCUCAGACCGCGAGAUAGACGAAAUACCUACGGGGGAAGGAAAGAUCUGAAUUGCAAUCUCUUAAUUUCUAUUGCUUUUUCUUUUUACAGUAAUAAUAAAACAAGAUAGCAAUCCGGAGGCAUAAAGAGGACGCGGACUUGCUGGAUGAAAACGGGCUGAAAAGAUUCAUCCUCUCUUGAACAUCAUCACCAACCAUCAUUCAUUCAUUACCUUGACAACCCCUGGCUUUGAUUGACAGCUGGAGUGGCAAAAAGCCACGAGACACGACAGUUUAGUUACAUGCAGGUUGUUGAUGGGCCGAUUGUAACCUUCAGUUUGGUGCUUGACAAUUUUUUUUAUUUUUUGGGGAAAGAGGAAAACAAGAAAAAUUGCAAAACUCAUCCUGAUGCUUCUGCUUGCACUCUACCACAUUGGAGAAUAGGAGAAUUCGCAAAGUUGGUUGAAAAAGGAAUCUUACCACUAAAUCACUUUCUAACCUGACUGGGAUAUUAAAUAUACGACACAUCCAGGAGUUUAUUGGAGCGCAGCCUGAUGGCGCAAAGGUACGAUGAGCUGGCCCAUUAUGGUGGGAUGGACGGAGUCGGGGUCCCGGCGUCUAUGUACGGAGACCCGCAUGCUCCACGGCCGCUACCCCAAGUCCAUCACUUGAACCAUGGACCACCGCUCCAUGGCCAGCACUACGGUGCUCAUGCACCCCAUCCCAGCGUUAUGCCCAACAGCAUGGGCUCCGCUGUCAACGAUGUUUUAAAGAGGGAUAAAGAUCAAAUCUAUGGUCACCCAUUAUUCCCGCUGCUCGCGUUGGUUUUUGAGAAGUGCGAACUGGCGACGUGCACUCCGAGGGAGCCUGGGGUAGCAGGCGGCGAUGUCUGCUCCUCCGACUCCUUCAAUGAGGACAUCGCAGUCUUUGCCAAACAGGUCCGAGCAGAAAAACCUUUAUUUUCAUCAAAUCCAGAGUUGGACAAUUUGAUGAUACAAGCCAUACAAGUAUUACGAUUUCACCUUUUGGAAUUAGAAAAGGUGCACGAGCUCUGCGACAAUUUUUGCCACCGGUACAUCAGUUGUUUGAAAGGAAAAAUGCCAAUAGAUCUAGUUAUUGACGAGCGGGAUGGAAGCUCGAAGUCAGACCACGAAGAGCUCUCGGGAUCUUCGACCAACCUAGCCGAUCACAACCCAGCUUCCUGGAGAGACCACGAUGACGCCACCUCCACACACUCGGCCGGCACGCCAGGGCCCUCCAGUGGGGGCCACGCUUCACAGAGCGGCGACAACAGCAGCGAACUAGGAGAUGGUUUAGAGAACAGCGUGGCGUCUCCUGGCACAGGUGAUGAUGAUGACCCGGACAAGGAGAAGAAGAGGCAGAAGAAGCGCGGCAUCUUCCCCAAGGUGGCCACCAACAUCAUGAGGGCGUGGCUGUUCCAGCAUCUCACGCACCCGUACCCUUCUGAAGAACAGAAAAAGCAGCUAGCCCAAGACACAGGCCUGACCAUCUUACAAGUAAACAACUGGUUCAUUAACGCCAGGAGAAGAAUAGUACAGCCCAUGAUUGACCAGUCAAAUCGAGCAGUGAGUCAAGGAGCAGCAUACAGUCCGGAGGGCCAGCCCAUGGGCAGCUUCGUGCUGGAUGGCCAGCAGCACAUGGGGAUCCGGCCAGCUGGGCCUAUGAGUGGAAUGGGGAUGAAUAUGGGCAUGGAUGGGCAAUGGCACUACAUGUAACCUCCAUCUUGUAAAGUAAAACGCAAAGAAAAAGGGGGAAGUCUGCAAGGCAUGCCAGGGGAGUACGUACCUCAGACUGGUCCUAUGGGCAUGAGCAUGGCCCCACCAAGUUACAACCCUACUCAUCAGAUGACCCCUCACCCCUCCCAGCUUCGACAUGGACACCCCCUCCAUCCCUACCUGCCCGGCCCCCACCACCCUCAUCACCCUGCCAUGCUGAUGCACGGAGGACCCCCCUCUCACCCAGGAAUCACCAUGUCUGCAGAGAGCCCCCCCCCCUGCUGACCCCCAUUGACCCCAGCGCUGGAGGACAAGGCUUGGACAUCCAUGCCCAAUAGUAUAAGCAAACUUUACUACCACAACAUCAACAACAACAGUAGCUUCUAAGAGAAGAAAACAAACAUCAACAACCCUAAAACAAAGAUAUCUUCAGACUAUUUUUCUGAAUAAAAGCAGAACCGUUUUGACCAUUAUUAGACAGUGAAAACAGAAUUCCAGAUGAGCUGUGAUGAUUCUUCUUCUUUUUUUUUAAAACUUUAUAAUUUUGUUACUUUCAUCCAAAUGGAGGACCAAGCUGACAAGAACACUUUGUAAAGUCUUGGGCUUUUGUUAAAGAUCAACAGAAGAUGUUUUGAGGACAGACACAUACGUGCGCACACACGGACACAGGCACACACUUAAGACACACGCAUUCGCACACACACAGUGCACACUCUCUCCGGUGACACGUUCAACUCAUUUUUUCAAAACGGAAUCACUCUGGAAGAUUGAGAGAAAAAAGAAAGACAAAAAAAGACUCCAAGAGUUAUAACUACUGUAGUAUAAAAAGUAUAGCAACUAAGUUAAAACGUUUGCAUUUUUUGUUGAUCACUCAAUUUCCUGAGCUAGUUGUAGAAUAAAAGGUUAAGCCUUUCUCUCACACUGUGUGUGCUCCUUCCUGGAGGAGAAACUGUCUCGGUGGUGAAGCAGCACCAGAAAAAAGAAAAGAUGGAACAUCUCAACAACGGACGCCCACUUGCUCCCAACCACAGCGACAGGCAAAACAGGCCCUGUCCCCCAUAAAGAACAGGGCAUGAUGGGAAAAGGCUGCUAAAUGACACCUGAUCUCUCCAGAAGAUUCAGUUUGAACAUGUUUAAUGCCCCUCUUUUUUUGGUUCAUGAAUGAAUGUUACCCUGUAGGUAUAUACAAAAAAGUUCUUAGUUUGAAUUGCCCAAGCACUGGAUUGUGUUGGUUUUAUACAUUUUCAUUUGAUUAUUAUUUGAUUUUUUUAGUAUCCUGGACUCUCAUUGACAGAGCCUAUUGAAGGAAACUUAAUCGUGGAAAAGCAGCAUCCUACUCUGCUUCUUUGCCUCUGGAUCAACAUACUUGCCAUAUGGACAAUACUGACACAAUGGUGAAUUCUUUGGCACUGGGAGAAGCAAUUGGUGGUAGAUGCACCCAAAAACCUAAAACUUCAAAACAGAAGUAGAAGAAAAGAACUUAAAUGAUGAACUCAAAGCUUUAGGGAAAAGCUAAGAGAAUAUUGUAACAAACUUCGUACAGAGUUCAGUCUAUUAAUUGUUUCAUGUUAGAUAUUCUAUGUGUUUACCUCAAUUGAAAAAGAAUGUUUUUGCUAGUUUCAGAUCUGCUGUGGCAUUGAUAUUGUAUGUCCAUGAAUUCCUUCCUUUUUCAGCACGUGUUCCUCACUAGAUGAUAAAAUGCCGUCUCCCUUAAGCUUUGUCAAAAAUACAUUAUUAAAUACUUGUAUGAGGACUGUGACGUAAUGUUUAAAAGGUGUUCAGUCACAAAUGCUGUAAUAAAUAUUUCAUUUUUGAUUUUUGUUA